GUUGCGUAUGACGUCAUUGAGAGCUCGCGGUCAGCUGUGUUGCUAAAGGUGCCCGGUUUAGCUAACCACGAAUAAAAGCCGCCGGAUACUAGUUAUUGCAAAUAAUGGAUAAAACUCCGACAAGAUACAAUGUUCAGUUAUAUAUUUAUGAUUUAUCACGAGGGAUGGCGCGCAGUCUGAGUCCCAUCAUGUUAGGAAAGCAACUCGAUGGUAUAUGGCAUACAGCUAUAGUGGCAUACGGUGAUGAGUUUUUCUUUGGUGGAGAAGGAAUUUCCAGCUGUUCACCGGGUGGGACCAUGUUAGGUCCUCCGGAUACAGUCGUAGAGCUGGGAGAAACUGAAGUAUCAGAGGAAAUAUUCAUGGACUAUCUUUCCUCGUUGGGAGAAAGUACAUACAGGGGUGACAAAUAUCGCCUUUUUGAGCACAACUGCAACACGUUUACCAAUGAAGUUUCCCAGUUUCUGACAGGCAGAACAAUACCUUCUUACAUCACUGACCUCCCAUCUGAAGUCCUUUCCACACCAUUUGGCCAGAUGCUGCGGCCUAUUCUGGAUUCUAUUCAUAUUGCCCCUCCUGGAGGAAAUGCCAUCAAUGAACGAAGAAACGUCUGACAGGAGGUGCCGAGCCAAGCAGAGCCUAGAGUUCAAGGUUACUUCCAUUGUAGUUAGUUGAUGUAAGAAUAUGUAUCUUUUUAGUCUUGUUAUUGUUCAUCAUCAGUAAACAGCAAACUAGGCACACAAAUGAUUAAGCAGUUGUCCAUUUUUACCCAAUAUUUAAACUAAUAUUUUCAUUUCUAAUGUCUAAUUUUCUACCCCACUGCAGUACUGACUAGAGUGGAAAAAAUCUUCACACUAUUUGAUAUAAAAAAUGUCAAAGUUGCAGAUUGAUGAAAUAUGGGACCAUUGUGUUUCAGUUUAAUUCUACAACACCAUUUUUUUCACCCACACAUUGUCCCACAUUUAGCUCCUUUGUGCAGUAUUUUAAAGCAUUGUCUGUUAGACAAUCACAUGACACAGUUGGCUAUUAAUAUUAUUUAUUUAUUGAAUUUUCAUAUUGCAUAACUAUUCCCGUCAGUGUCGCCAUCUUAUUUACACAUGACUACUUUUGCCAAUUUUAUGAUUUUCUUAAGAAGUAGGCACUAUUGGUACAUAACAAGUACUAAUUGUUUUUCGUAGCCUCCAGAGUGUUCAGACCUGAACACUUCUGUGCCUUCACUUUAUUCUUGGCUACAGUGCUCUCCUUUGAAGUUGGCCAACACGUAUAUAUAUCGAUGUGUAUGAAGCUAUUUAUAUCUAUCAAUGCAAAUCUAUUCUAAUUUAUUUGUUUAAAUUUAUAUUAUUUAUAAUUUAUUAACUCAAAAAACACUGGGAUGUUGUACAGAAUGUUAAUAAACUAAAAUAAAUCUCAAACUUUAAUCUUAAGUGGUUCUAAAAGAAACAUAAAAGAUGCCUGUCAGUAUUAACCUGGUUUAUUAUAGUUUAAAUACAUUUUAUGACACAUCAAUGUCCCAGUGUUUUUGGAAUAUAAUUGUGUAUGUUCAAGAAUUGCCUGUAACACUCCAGUCUCAAAGCACCAUGCCAUGAAUACACUUACACAUCUCCUCACUCAACCUCAAUAGUCUUUGCAUCUUGAACAAUGCGUUGGAUUAUACCAGAUGCACACUGUAAAAGACAAAUGAGAGAUUAUAGCGUGAUUAAAACCAGCAUUUCCAUUUUUCUGCCUCCUGCAAUAACUACAUCAACCCACACACUGGAACAGUGAAUGUGCAAAUGUGUCUAAACUGCAUUGAGUACAUUGUCAAAGCUCAGGUGAUGUGAUUUUUGCCUUGUGAUGUAGCCAUUCUGCUAACACACAUGCUAACAACCUACCUGACCACUGAAAUGUAUUACUGCACAACCUUUGUUCUCUGUUGUAACAUCGCAUUUAAACCUUUCCUAGUCUUUAUUUAAGAUAUUUGACCACAGAUGUUUUAGUGUUAUUGUUUGUACCUUUGUGUAAUUGUUUUUGUAUUUGUAAAACUCUAUAAAAUCAUUAACUGCAAA